UCUUAAGGAUUUAUAACUUAUAUACGUAAUUACGAGAGUUAUGAACAACGGCUUGAAAUUCUUCGUACUUUCUACCGUCAUAUUCGUCGGUUAUUUAUCCACGUGCUUGCAGUUAGUGCAAGCGCAUCGUAACGAUAAUGCUGAACUGGUGAUCAAGGAGAUCGAGGAAAAUCAGAAAAAUUGUAUGCCUCGUUCGAUCAAUGACUUCCCAAAAGACAUCUUUACGCCGGAACAACGUGAAAAGGGGGCGGCUCUGCUACACGCAUUCUUCGGCUUUUAUUGCUUUUUAUUGACUGCUUUCGUCUGUAACGAUUAUCUCUUACCAGCACUCGAUUGCAUCUGUUCGGGAUUGAAUAUCUCAGCUGAUGUUGCUGGUGCCACAUUUCUUGCUACUGCCAGCUGUUUUCCCGAAUUAUUCGUCAGUGUCGUUGGUACCUUCUUAACUGAAUCUGACCUUGGAGUUGGUACCGUAGUUGGUAGUGCAGUAUUCAAUACUUUUGCUACUACAGCCUGUGGAGCACUUUCAGCAAUAAAAGGUAUACAGCUAGAAUGGCAAAUACUGUCGCGCGAUUGCAUAAUCUACGUGAUAUCCGUUGGUUCGUUGGUAUUGGUUAUGUGGGACGGCCUGAUCACCUGGUACGAAGCAACAAUCUUCAUGGUAUUGUUCGUUGGUUAUUUGGUCCUUCUGUUCAGUGGCGAAGGGAUCACACGUUGGUAUAAGAAGAUCAAACAUCUUUGUUGGAACGGUACCGAAUUUUCGGAAGAAAGUGUGACUUCAAAGCCGACGACCGAUCCUAUGGUGCACGGUAUGUACAAGCCAUAUGUUCACGGUGAACUAAUUGCCGAAUACAGGAAAAAGAGCAUCACGAAGAUGGCCGAAAUUAAAUCGACUAAUAAGAAUUUCGAGGAACCACUGGAGAAUAACGAGGAAUUGGUCGAUUAUGUUGAACCAGGUAGGUUUAGGACAAUGAUGUUUAAUUGUAAUUCUUUCAAAUUUUUUUGUCAUCUUAUCUAUUUCCUUUCAAUAUUUCUUUUUUCAGAUACGCCGUUCGUUUUACCGAAAGGUAAUUCACUAAUGAAGUUAUGGUUUUACUUUACCUGGCCUUUAAGGAUCUCCCUAUUUGUCACCAUACCAGACACCAGAUAUAAAAGAUUUCGUUCGUGGUACCUUUUAACUUUUUUCAUUUGUACCAUGUGGAUCGUAGUAUCAUCUUAUAUGGUAUCUUGGAUGAUGACAGUCGUCGGGGACACCAUGGGAAUCCCUGAUUCCGUUAUGGGUAUAACGUUUCUAUCGGCUGGUGGUAACAUGCCCGAGCUUGUUUCGAUCGUUAUCCUUUCCAGACAAGGUAAUGGUGACAUGGCAAUGAGCAACACGUUGGGUGCUAAUACUCUUGAUAUUCUUCUGUGUUUGGGUCUACCAUGGCUGAUAAAAACUUUAAUGUCGGGCAAAGACGUCGAAAUCGUAUCCGGUGCUCUCUCUUAUAGUGUCUUAUCAAUAAUCAUUUGCGUUAUAUGCUUCUACUCGGUCACAGCUUUUUACAAAUUUAAGCUGAACAAAAAAGUUGGCGCCGUUUGUCUUGUAAUGUACGCAAUAUUUCUUAUAUUUGCUAUAUCGGUUGAAUUGAACGUAUUCUUUCACGUUAAUUGGCCGAUGUGCGAUCGAUAGUCGAAGAUCGAAUUUAUCGACAAUCGUCGUAACGUUCUCGAAUAUGUUAUGAUACAAAAAUAUGCGCAAAGUCGAAAUGAGAGUAAGAGAGAGAAAGAGAGAGAAUAGGAGAGAAAGAGAGAGGGAGAAAGAGAGAAAAAAGAAUGAAAAAGAAUAAGAGAAAAACAAAGUGACAGAGAGAGAGAGAGAGAGAGAGAGAGAGAGAGAGAGAGAGAGAGAGAGAGAGAGAGAGAGAUAAUAAAAAAAGACAGGAAAGCAACCAAAUAAUUAUUUAUACGUAUAGUAUGUGUGUGUACAUUUGAUUGAAAUAAAGGAUAACGAAUAAUACUCAUGUCGUGUAAACUUGAUAGGGAGCAAUUAAAUUUCUAGCUUAUUUUUAAAUCAAUAUAUAAUUUAGAUAUAAAGAGAAUAGGAGAGGAAAAAAUAAGAAAAUAAAAAAAUUAAAGAGAAAAGAAAAAAAAAUAAAAGGAGAAAGAGAAGCAUGACAUAUAUGAUCGCAAGACUUGAUUCGAAUUUUUCUCUGCAUUGCGAACAAUAUUAAUACUACGUUUAAAAAUUAUUGAUCGACGAACUCGAAACAUAAUAUCAACAUUGAAUGUAUCAUGUGAUACCCUCUCGAGAAGGACGAAAUGGGUUUUUGUUUUAAGAAAAUCGUUCGUUUUUUCUAAUAGAACAAUAAAAAAUUUUUCUUUAUAUCUGUCGAGCUUCAUCCAUGUGAACAGAUAUAUUCAUAAUGGUGAACAGAAUAAAUUCAAGCAGAUGAAAUUGUUUUUUUUUUAUUUUUAGUAAUAGCUUCUUUACUAUUUUAAGUAUUAAUAAAAAAAUAAAUAAAUAAAUAAAUAAAUGUACACAAAAUAUGAAAAAGAAAAGUGUGUAUGUGUGUAAGAGAGGGAGAGAGAGAAAGUGAAUAUAGGAUGACGAAAAAAAAACUCGUCAAAAUUAUUGAAGGAACCCAUGUCAUUCGGCAUAUAUAGCUCUUUUAAAAAUAAAUCGUUAAGUGAAUCAAUCAAACGAUUCUGUCAUUAAGAAGAAUAAUGAAUACACCCGAUUCGGUUUUCAUGAUAAUAAAGAGUAUUUUUAUUAUUUCAUAAACAAUGACAAUGAAGAAGGGAAUAGUUAUCUUCACGCGGACAUAAAUGAGAGAGAGAGAGUGAGAGAGAGGGCAAAAGGUGAGAUGGAAGAGAGAGGGAGAGAAAGAGAGAGAGAUGGAGAAAGGUAAGGUGGAAGAGAGAAAAAUAAGAAAAUUCUUUUAAUAUUCGAUAUAUGUAUGUGAAUAAAUAUAUAUAUGUCGUAGGUAUCAACUUUGUGUCUAGAGAGUAAUGGUGUGUGUGUGUGUGUGUGUAUGAAUGUAUGUAUGUAUGUAUGUAUGAAUUAUUAAAUUCGUAUAGGAAGGGCGCAAUUGAUUGAUUAAUGUACGAACGAGAUUACGAGGAUUAUUAUAAAAAUGUGCUUUUAUAAAGCGAGAAAAAAAAAAUUAAUAAAAAGAUAAAAAGAGAGAGAGAGAGAGAAAGAGGGAAAGAGAAAUAGAUAGAGAGAGAAUGAGAUAAAAAAUAGUAAAACAUGCGAAAUUUUGAGAAAUCGAUAAAAUUUUUGUAAGAUUUGUUUAUAUCCAUUCGAUGAACUUUUCUUCUUUCUUUUUUCUGUAAGAUCCUUCUCUUUGUUUUGUGUUUUCUAUAUUACUUUUUUCUUGCUUCCUCUCCCUCCCCCCUUUCAAUACUUCGCCAUAUUAUUCUCGCGUUCGAUGGAAGAGUUCAUCGAAGGAGUGUUAAAAACUAUAUAAAAUAGAGGAACAUUGACGUGUAAAUGACGGACAUUAUAUAUACAUACAUAUGUAUGUAAGUAUAAAAAAGUAUAAUGAUGAUACUUUAAAGAUAAAGCAAUGUUAGCACACGUGUCGUGUUUGUUUAUCUCUUUCUUCUUUUUUCCUUUUUUUUUAGCAAUAUCAUCUAAACAACGUGUACGUAUACGCAUAUUGUGUAUAUACAUACAUAAGUACUUACACACACACACACACACACACACACACACACACACACACACA